UGGAGGGGCGGGUGGAGCGGUCGGUGGGUCGGACCUGUCCGCGGUGCUGGCGGAGGCUCCAGGUUUGCCUGUGACCCGGUCCACCCUCCCUUCCGUUCUGGCCCGGGGAGCUGGCUCUGCACGUGCCAGAAACUGCAGCCCUGCCUCGCAUCUGUCUCUUAGAAUACUCAACUUCAUGCAGAGCCCAACUCAACAACCCUCUCCUGAAAGGAAACCUUUCCUGAUUCUUCUAAAACAGAGGUUCUGAACCUUUUUGUGUGUCAUGGAGCUCUUUGGCAGUCUGCUUUCUGAUAAUCUAAUGUCCGAAGAAAGUGACUCUCUGAGAACAAGCCCAUCUGUGGCAUCUCUGUCUGAAAAUGAGCUACAGCUCCCCAAACAGCCUGGGUAUGUGUGCUCCCUGACGGAGGAGCUCAUCACCAAAGCCCGGGAGGAGCUGCAGGAGAAACCAGAAUGGCGGCUCAGGGACGUUCAAGCCCUUCGAGACAUGGUGUGUAAAGACUAUCCCAACCUAAGUACAUCGCUGGAUGAUGCUUUUCUCCUACGCUUUCUCAGAGCCCGAAAGUUUGACUAUGACCGAGCCUUGCAACUUCUGGUCAACUAUCACAGCUGCCGGAGGAGCUGGCCCGAAGUGUUUGACAACCUGAAGCCCUCUGCCCUGAAGGAGGUUCUGGGUUCAGGUUUUCUCACAGUGCUGCCUCACUCAGACCCUAGAGGCUGCCAGGUAGUCUGCCUUCGUCCAGAUAGGUGGAUUCCAAGUAACUACCCAAUUACUGAGAACAUUCGUGCCAUAUACUUAACGUUAGAAAAGUUGAUCCAAUCCGAGGAGACCCAGGUGAACGGAAUUGUUAUCCUUGCAGACUACAAAGGAGUUGGCUUAGCCAAGGCUUCCCAUUUUGGUCCUUUUAUAGCUAAAAAAGUGAUUGGAAUUCUCCAGGAUGGGUUUCCCAUUAGAAUAAAAGCUGUCAAUAUUGUAAAUGAACCUCGAAUAUUCAAAGGCAUUUUUGCUAUCAUAAAACCAUUUCUGAAGGAGAAAAUAGCUAACAGAUUUUUCCUUCAUGGAUCUGACUUGAAUUCUCUACACCUGAAUCUUCCAAAGAGCAUCCUUCCUAAGGAGUAUGGAGGCACUGCUGGGGAGCUGGAUGCAAAUGCCUGGAAGGAGGUGCUGCUGGCCUCUGAGGAGGACUUUGUGAAGGAGUUCUGCAGGCCUCUCCCUCCCAGCAGUACCCUUCUCCAGGACACCCUGAUGGUGGAAGGAAUAACCUCUGAGGUUCAGGGUGAUGACUCCAUUCGGGGAGUAAAGUCACAACUGUACUCCUGCUAUUAAUGAAGAAGUCACAUAGUUUUCUACAUACAUUGCAGCCAUUAAGUAAUUUCUUUCUCCCUCCUAAAGCGUAAAAGGAGAAUUUGAAGUCCCAUGAGUUUGGCCCUAUCCAUUAUAACUGAACAGAAUUUACACCUAAUAAAGUUAUGAUCAGCUUUAAAAUACAAA